GGAGUAAGUCGUUACGUUCUUUACAGAAGUCUGGUCGGCUGUUCCGCGACGUGCAUUUGUUCACGAUCUAGGCUUUGUACGUUCUGAUCUUCGGUAGCAGAAGAAAAGAAACAACACGAUGCAACGUCUUCGCGGCAUCGACUGGGCUGCGGUGCGCCGAGAUAGUCACGUGGUAUUUACCAAACUGAUUCGAACCCGUGACCCUCGUGAUACCGAGAACCAAGAUGGGAACCUACCCACCAGGCAGCGCUUGGCGAGAUGCCUGAGUACGUUUGACUUAACGUCACUGGGAGUGGGAUCUUGUGUUGGGACUGGAAUGUAUUUAGUGGCCGGUAUGGUCGCUCGUAAGUUUGCUGGACCGGGCGUGGCGCUAAGCUUCAUCAUAGCUGCCAUUGCGAGUAUUUUCUCAGGUGCUUGCUAUGCUGAGUUUGGCGUCCGUGUACCCAAUACUACUGGAUCAGCCUAUACUUAUUCUUAUGUAACUGUCGGUGAAUUCAUUGCUUUCGUCAUUGGUUGGAAUAUGGUUCUUGAGUACUUGAUUGGAACGAGUGCAUGUGCUCGUGCUCUUAGUGCAGCUUUGGACACUCUCUUCGAUGGAGCCAUCGGUCGACUCCUUGCUUCCAAAAUGGGCACCGUCUUUGGCAAACCUCCUGACGUUAUCGCCUGCGGCAUAACUCUGCUGAUGACAAUGUUGCUUGUGGCUGGAGUUAGGAAAUCGCUGUUUUUUAACAACCUGCUGAACGCUAUUAACUUGGUGGUGUGGGUCUUUAUCAUGUCUGCGGGGGCCUUCUACGUCGAUACGACCAACUGGACUCAUCACAAGGGAUUUCUGCCUAAUGGAUGGGCUGGGGUGUUCAGCGGUGCUGCAACAUGCUUCUAUGCUUUUAUUGGUUUUGACAUCAUCGCAACGACGGGCGAAGAGGCCCAUAACCCCAAACGAUCUAUCCCUCUCGCCAUCGUUCUGAGCUUGGCUAUAAUACUCGUAGCCUAUGUCAGCACCUCCGUUAUGCUUACUCUAAUUGUGCCAUACAAUGAAGUGGAUACUGAUUCGGCUUUGGUUAAGAUGUUUGCCUACGUAAAUGCCCCCAUUUGCAAAUACAUCGUAGCUUUUGGAGCACUGGCUGGACUAACAGUUUCUAUGUUUGGAUCAAUGUUUCCUAUGCCGAGGAUAGUAUACGCUAUGGCUCAAGAUGGUCUGAUAUUUAGACAACUGUCAACGGUUUCGGAAACUUCUGGAACGCCGGCUCUUGCGACUGUCUGUGGAGGCUUUGCGGCCUCCUUUGUCUCCCUUCUGAUCCAACUCGAAGUUUUAGUGGAAAUGAUGAGCAUCGGUACCCUCCUGGCUUAUACUCUGGUGUCGACGUGCGUGCUGGUACUGCGUUAUCAACCUCACUCAACCACGCUCAUCGAACUUCUGCCGCAAAACCUUCGAACGCCGAUGGACCCUGAGGGUACUGCUUCCGCUCAGCGUGAAACUACCUUUGCUGGAAGUCACAGAAGCGGUAUGAUGUCUGGCCAACGCGUGAUGGUGCGACGAGUCACCCGCAGUUCUCCUGAUUCUGAUGACACACUGCCUGGCGACGAUAGCGAAGAUGGCCGUGAUGAUGCUUUUUUGGUUAACUCCAAUAGCGAAAAUAAAUUUUAUGGAGCUGUACCUGGAGGAUGUUCAGCGGGAACGUCACGACUUGGACGCUUUUUUGAUGCUAUCUACCGGCAACUAUUCGGUCUGUCAUAUCUCUGCCCCGGUCUUUUCCCCUGGGUAGACUGCGGCCCGGCAACUGAAGCUUCUGGAAUGUUCGUGAUCAAGUCUGUUGGUAUGAUGUAUGUCUUGAUCAUCGUCUUCGACCUCUUCGCGGCUUAUGGUAGCCCCGGGCAAUGCACCUUUACUGCUGUCGUCAUGGUGAUGUUGGUCAUUGCUAUAUUCAUCAUCUUGAUACUGAUCUCGAGGAAACCACAGAACCGAACUAAUCUGAUCUACGCAACCCCCGGACUACCUUUCGUCCCCGCGAUCGCUAUCACCGUUAACAUCUACUUGAUUCUAAACCUCUCGAUUUUGACCCUCGUCCGCUUCACGAUUUGGAUGAUUAUCGGCAUGAUAAUCUACUUCAAGUAUGGAAUCAAGAACUCUACUCUGGAGACGAACCCUCCACAGGCGCAACCCGCUACCCCGAAGUCUCCCAAUCCCCUGGAUCGCACCACCAUCCCACCAGGCCCACAACAAUCCACCACCACUGGCGACAGGAACAUCUUCGAAGGAGAUGGCUCUAAACCGUAUGACACAAUGAACGACCCUUUGCUUGCUUGGCACGUUGCUGACUUGGAGCCUGUCCAAUCGACUCGCGGUACCAUCGACUGUUCUUCCUACGUCCAAGUCGAAUCGCGGCAAGUUUUUACAACAAAAUACACACAUUUAAUAACUUGGAAGUAAUAUUAUCUGUAAUUAGCAGAAACAUCUAAAUGUAUACCUAUAUUACAGCUACAACGAACGGACCAACAGGACCACCAGCCACACCUCACGACGACCACCCUGGGCAUACCCCGAUGUUACUUACGACUCAUGGGACAACUAAACCUAAUCACCACCAACUCUAUGACAACUCUGCGUCUCAGUACUGAUUUAAUUACAGGUUUUAUUAUUUUAACAAAACACGGUAUUGCAUUUACAAAAAGGUUGGUUAUCUGUAGAUUGUACGUUAAUAUCUGAAUGUUUCAUUUUUCACUAAUACCACUGAGUUGAAUAUCAUUUUAUUCAUUAUUUUGGGUUAGUUGUAAUUAAUUUAUUACGUUAUCAUUAAGUUCUACAUUUUACGUAUUGAAGCUUAUUUUUUAAUAUAUACGUUAAAAUUGUCAUAUCAAAUAGUCCUUCAAAUACUUAUAUCCUAUUUACUAUAUUUCCAGAUGCUAUAUUUUUAAACAAGAUUUCUGAAUUACUAUAUUUAUUUAACAAAGGUACGUUCUAUAUAUAAAUAUAUUUACCCUUUAUAUUUCACAACCUCCUUUAUACAAUAGUACCAAAAGAAAUUUAGGUUUUAAAAAAUCUAUAUUUCCUCGUCUCUCGUUAUUCUAAAUGAACUAAGGAUAAAACAAAGAUCUGGAACCUCGAAACAUAUCAAAUGAAUUUCUUUUGAAAUUUGCUCUUUGAGAACUCUUUAGCAUCAGGGAAUUAAAUUUUCUACUUUAUACUUAUUUUAUAAGCUGUAAUUAUAUUUACUGGUUUUAUACUUACGUUCUCUUUAAUAAUUAUUAAUUGUAUUUGUUACUUGUUUUUCUCAACUACUUUCUCAAAUGUGAUAUUUUAUGUAAUAUUUAUACAAUUCUUAACGUAAUGUUUAUGAAACGUCUUAACUGUUAUAAGCAAAGAACUUCGACGGUUGAAACAUUUAGGUUUACUAGCAAAAAAGUAAGUCGCCAACAAACGCUUAAAAAAUAACAGAUCUUUGCUGUUUUAUGUUGCAUUUUUCGAAAACACAAUCAACUUUUAGGCACCAAUAAUAAAAAGCGUUUUGUCGCAUCGGGCUAAUUAAUACCGACGUAUUUAAAAGACACUACUACUUUUACUUAUAUAUCAAUUUUUAUUUUUCUACUGUAUAUCAUGUAUGAGUAUUUAUUCCAAAACAAAUAAAAUUUUCUUAAUUUCUUACAUUUGAAUUCUAAAAUUGGGUUGAUUUUUUUUACAAUCAAAAAUAGGACAAGGUUUACUCGGCGGAUGAAUCACAUUUUAAAAUCGUGACGUCAUAAGGGUGAAAACUGCAAAUUGUUGUUGUUUUGAUAAAAUAUAUAAAGGUAAGCUUUUGAAGGUAGUAGAAUAAAGAUAAAAAAUUUAAAUGAAGAGAAUUCUUUUGACAUUUCCUAUCGAAAUGUGUUUUAAGAACGUAGAACGAAAAAAUGUGAUGGCCUUAAAAUUUUUUACUGAUAAUGCAAAAUAACGCUAAUAAAACCUUUAAAACUUGAUUAAGAAAAAAAACGCUAAGCAAUUCUACUAAUUUACGUUAAUUCUCGAUUCAUCGAUUGGCUUACCUUGGCCAUCAGAAAAUAAGCAAAAUUUAUAACUCGUCGCGUGAAAGUGGUAAUAUUCUGACAGAACCUAUGAUAGUAUAUGGAUAAGUGUUCAUAUCUGAGCUCUUUCCAUUACCCAUCAGCGACUGUAUUCGGCCCUUGGCUGUUUGUAUUAUGUAUUCAUGUUAGUGUAUAGAUUCAAGUAUAUAGGAAAUGUUUUCGUAACUUCUCAAUGUCGAUAUUAGUAACCAGUGUAAUUGGGUGUUACUAUAUCGUUUAUAUUGGGGUUGAGAUACAAAACCAUAACUAGUCCACAUCAAAUGUAUUAAUAUAUAUAUUUAACAGUAAAACAAUUACUGAAUAAAUAAAUGACCAUGUGAAAAUAGGGCGUGGCCCAAUGUGAAAUUAAAUACAUCCCGAAGAGACCUACUUCACUAUGGCGUAGGUAUUCUAUAAGAAAAAUAUUUUUAACAGCGCAUUGGAACAACAUCCAGUCCAGUUUUUGCACGAGCAACGUGACAUCUCGAAACAUAAGCCAUGUUGAUAUGUAUAAGUAUCUCAAUCUCAAUUCAAUACGCCUAUGAGCGCAAAUUUUCUAGUCAUUAUAUUUGAUCCGUGUCCGUGAUAUUUUUAUUAAUUUUCUUUAAUAUUAUUGAAAUAUGCUUCGAUAUUUUGUUAGAUAUUUUAAAAUUUAUUUUUAUUUUACAAGUAGUUAGUUAUUAUUGUUAUUAUGUUUUAAGAUCUAGUUAGAUUUACUUAACCCCUGUUGUUAUUUAUGUACUUAGAUGUAAGGAUAUAUAAUCAAUUCGAUGUCUAAUAAUAAUAACACACAUCACCGAGUGCAGCUCAAUAUACAGUUCGGAAAUACUUUAUGACCACGUUCAGCUAAACUGGGUUUAAUUUUUUUUAAUUUGAAAUCAAUUUUCUUUAUUGAUAAAAUUCAUAAGUACGGUUCUAUUAUUUCAUCAGUUAAGUUGUUAAUCAUUUGUUGUAUUUAAAUACCAUAACAUCUGUAUCAACAUCUUAAACGAAAAAUUCCAAGCUUCUACUUUCUAAUAUCUUCACAGAAGACAACCAUGUAUAUAAUAUCGCUGCAAGGAAAUAUGGUGACGAGGUAUAAAGAAUAUGGCAGCUUCAUAAUUAUAAACCAGUAAUAUGAGCAUUCGUAAAGUAUAAAUUCUUGGUAUAUUCAUAUUGAAAUCUUACAUCUCGUUAAUAAAUAUACAACACGUGGCCAUAAGUAUUUUCUUGCACAUUAUGCAGGCCCUUCUGUAACAAAUUAUAUUAUUAUGAAAUUUCAUCGAAACCAAAAGCAACAAAAUACUCUUUUAGAUCUUUGAGCCAAAAUAAAAUUGAAAUUUUGCGAUUUUUUCUGUAGUAAAGACUGAAAACUAAUAAAAAUUAUAGUUGAAUCAGUUUCUCGGUACGACUUGCCAUUGAAUAUUUCUUCUGCAUGUUACAGAAGGCAGCUUUUUUCAAUAGUUACUAUAAUAAUAAUAAUUAUUGAUGUGUUAGCAUAAGUUACUGUUACUGCUAUUCCCGAUGUUGUAACUUCCUGCAGAUCUUUCUGCCCGCUGUUUCUGUUCCGAAUCACUGCAGCGAAUUUGAUAUCAUCAGCGUAAAAACUCUCCUCAAAGUGGACGUCAAAUAAUGGGAUCUAAGAAUUUCGCGAGUGUUCAUUUAAAUAAAACUAAUAUUUUUCGGAUUAUACUACACGUAUUUUAUUAUUUAAGAAGAAAAUAUCUACACAAUCCCGACUUUUCGGUUACUUUUUAUCAACCGUGAUCACGGUUUUUCAAAUAAUAAAAUGCGCGUAGUAAAUCCGAAAAAUAUAUGUUUUAUUUGGACGAGAUAUUCUCAGAGGUAUAAAAAUUAACACCCUUCAAUGUAAUUGUUACUGGAGAACAAUGUUUCGUCACCUGAAGCAAAAUUGCAUGUACCAUAAUAGGUCCUUACGUCUCCAUCCGAUGAAGUGUUUUAUUAAUGUCACGUUGACGCUGAUGGUAUAUAUGAUGUAUAGAUAAAGACGUUGGCAUAUAAGUGACACAUUUGUUAUCGGAAAUGAUUACAACAAAACAAGAACUAAGAACCGAUUGGAAGAACGGGACUUGGAAGUAAAUAACAAUAAGAUACAACUGACAUAAUUGUAAAACAAAAUUGCAGUAAUGAUAGUAAUUAUACCUUUAUAGAUGUUGCCAACACUUUAUUAGGGUCGAGUGUUUGUGUGUCGAGUGAGUUGCUAAGAUUAAGAAUGUUACCAAUUUGUAAUAAACAACGCAGACAACAUUAUGAUAAUUAUAAAAUAAUGUCAAACAAGUGACCUCCUCGGAGAUAUUAAAGAAUACAAAAAUAUCGGAGACAACCUGAUCUUCACAUAACAUGGCUAUUAAUGUCAUUAAUUUAGAUCUUAACCGUAAUUAUCUUCGUUACAUAACCAUGUAGUUUUUGGAGAACAAUAAACGGGUGUGUUAUUAAUAAAGUUUCGUAGUAAAAGUUUAAAAAUUAGACUUACAUAUGGUAAAGUUUUCGGACCAAUGAGAAAUUGAAUGCAUGUAAUAGCUGCUAUGAUUCGGAACUAAUUUUUGUGAUAUAUAAACUAUAUGGGUUUAAUCAAAUGUAAUAGAAUGUUUAACAAAC